AUGGAAGAAAUUUUCCUAACUGUUUCGGCAUUGGUUCGUAAUAGUGACCCAUCCAAUGGCGAAACGACGUCUACGGACGAAAAACUAAGUUUAUAUGGUCUCUAUAAACAUGCCACAACGGGUCCAUGCCCAGGAGAUGCACUUCCUCCCGUCUACCAGCUAAAAGCUCGAACAAAAUACCAAGCAUGGGAAGCCUGUCAGUCAUACACAAAAAAGGAAGCGAUGGAAAAGUAUGUUCGACUGCUGGCGUCCCGGAACGACGAUCUUGGUGCUAGGUGCACAGCUCUACUGGAUGAUUUCCGUAAACAGCAGGACAUGUCCGAAAUUGGAUCUUCGUCGGAAACUGCAGAGGAUAAUUAUUCAUCGUCGCUGAAAAGUGAAGAUGCGUCACGGAUACCGGGCAUGGACAGAACUAAGAUGGACUCGCAAUCCUACACACCCAAGAACCUUCUGUCUACUACUCUCGACCUCCUUGUUUCAAUAUUUUCCUCUUCGCUACGGCUGAUCGGAAUUCGUGCGAUGAUACCUCGGGGGAAGUUGGAUGUUUCAUUUUUGGAUCUCUUCUUUGCACUUUAUCACUGCUUGAGGUGGAGAGGACUUCAGGGAAGGUGUAGUGUAAUGGUCAAAGAGAUUCAAGAUAUAUGGAAAAACUCAACAGGAUACGAAGUGGCAGUUGGUUUCUCGGUCAGAUCCCUGUUUGAUUUAUAUUUAAGUUCCAAGCAGUACCCACCAAAUGCCGAGGUGGUAGUAUUUCCCCCAAUAACUGUUCCCGGAAUGAUACAUGUUGCAAAAUGGCAUAAUUUGAAGCUUGUUCCAGUGGACAUUGGUGAAUCCACCUGGUGGAACGGCGAGGGUAUUGAACAAGCAGUAACAGAGAAGACUGUGGCAAUCAUGAUUGUCCAUCCCUUUGGAAUGAUUUCGACAUCUCUCGAUCAGAUCGAGAAGUUGCGUAUUCUUGCAGCCAAGCACAACGUGGAACUUUGGGAGGAUUGUGCAGAGUGCUUCACUGGAUUCGGAGAAAGAUGCUACCUGGGAAGUAAAGACGCGGAUGUUCGCUUUUUUUCGUUUGGGAUGAUCAAGACGGCAACUGCACUGGGAGGUGGCAUUGCAAUCAUUCGCAAGAAAGGUGUUGCACAACAGAUUCAGCGACUCCAACAUUCGCUCUGCCGGCGGCAAAGUACGAUUGAAUACUUCAAACGAGUUGUGCUUUCUCUUGCUCUAAAUGCCGUAGCAAUAUCACCCCAUCUCUUUGGGUUUCUCGUUUCCUGCUGUUCCUUUUUCGGGAUAGACUACAACAACUUCGUGACACGGGCGAUUCGCGGAUUCCCGGUCUCCAACACAUCAAUUUCAUUAAAUGGUGACAGAGUCCGAGAAGCAAUCAUGCGGCAGCAGAUACGGAAACAACCUUCACCCGCGCUAUUGGCACUGCUCUUAAGACGCUUCAAACAAUCGACGGGGAUAGCUCCCUUAGUUGCCGAGAGAUUGGCUAGGUGCACUAUGCUUGACACCGAGCUGCGCAAAGACUGCCAGCAAAUCAUGCUACCCAAUCCUCCCACGUUUCUACAUACGUACUGGGCAUUCCCUGUAUUCUAUGACAAUCGAGAAUAUGUCAGUUCAGAGCUUCGAAGUCGGGGUUUCGACGUGGUUAGUUGGGCGUCGCAACUGUGCCAUGUUUCAAAGUUUCACGGCGACAACCAUUUGUGUCCUCGAGCAGCACGAUUGAUGGACCAGGUGCUAUAUCUACCAAUUUCGAGUCAGCUCAUACCGGUCCAUUGUACCAAAAGGCUUGUGGCUUCGCUACAAUGUCUUUUGGCGGGAGCCAAAGAUCCGUCUCUUCAGCGGACGAGCCCAAGGUUGUCUUCAACGUUGACGAUUAAUUGGGCAAUGACAUGCUUAGCAGUAAUUUUGUCUGUCUCUUGGAAAUAUCUUGGAUGGAAAACAGUUCACUUCCUACAAUCAUUUGGAACACUUGUAUUUUUAUGCAUAUCUGGCUGCUUUGGCAUCAUGACGUUGUUCUUUCAUUUGCUGAGGAGUCGGAUAGCAAAGCUGUAUCUUCACCACGAGAGCUGGUUCCAGCAUUUCGAUAUGAUUGAGGCUGCAACAUGUGAUGAGUUACUUCAAACUGAGACAGAAAAGCAUCAGGGUGAAGGCAUGCUGGCGAAAAACGAAGUCCUGCGACUGCCAAAUGUUUCUCACAACCGAGGCGAAGAACGCAAAGCAUUGCUCACUGGUGCCACUGGCUUUGUGGGGUCGCUUCUUUUGCGAGACCUCUUGUUUCAUCGAAAACAGUUGUCAAUGACAGGUGGUGUCAUCUUGGUUUGCCGCAGUAGAGGAAGCGUCUCUGCAAAAGAAAGGAUUGCUUCUUUACUUGCCAAGCCCAUGUUCAACUUCGUAUCCGACGACGAGAAAGACCGGCUCGUAGAAGUCGUCGAAGGAGAUGUAACACAGCCAUCGAUUGGACUCUCGAAAACUGAUCUUUCUCGAAUAGUGCAAGAUGAUGCAAUCUCCCAUGUCUUCCACGCUGCUGCGGCAGUCAGCUUCACACAGGAACUGCCGGACGCAGCGAAGUCCAUUAUCUCUUCUACUCUGACUAUGCACUCAAUGGCUUCCAAACUCAAGCGAGGGGACGUUCAAUUUGUCCACAUCAGCACAGCAUUCAUACAUGGCAACAAAAAAGGUUCGAUUUCUUCUCCACUGAAGGAGGAUUUAUUCCCACUCGAUCCGUAUGAUGCAAGGGAGAUCUACAGAUCUAUGCUUGGGUCUCAAUUUUAUGCCACCAAGGCUAUGACAGAGCUCGGGUUUCCAAAUACUUAUGCUUUCAGUAAAUGUGUUUGUGAACACCUGCUCCUAGAGAGAAACAAUUUGAAUACUCUCAUCAUUCGACCAAGCAUCGUUGGACCAGCAGUCACUUCACCGUUUGAGGGAUGGGCAGGAGGGAAGCCAUCAACGCUUGUUGCUGCUAGUAUGCUAUACCUAAGCGUGCCUUGGAAUAUUUGGCAUUUGCCAAAUCACAGCGUCCCCUACAUUCCAGUGGACGUGCUUUGUCGUUUCAUCUUGUCUCAGGCGUAUUUGACGCCCCAACUACUUGGCGAUGAAAAUUCCACGACAUCGAAUCCGUCUAGCAGCACCGGUGGUAGUUUCCAAGAAGUGGACAACAUCAAUGAGGUGUGCUCGGAUUUUUCGGACGCUACAUCGUCCAUACCUUCGGCAAGUGCAACAUGGCAGCAAAUAAAGACAGCAACAAUGCAAGGUGGUGCAAGAGGAGAUACAAUGUUCACUUGGCUUGAUUUUGGCGUCGCACAGUGUCAUCUCGCGGUUAUCACCGGUUCGGUCAGCCGAGCUCUCGCUCAGUUUGCUUUGUUCAUUGCCGCGAAGGUCAUGCCAUCUAAACCACCCAGCUCCUCCUUGUAUCACCGACUGCAUGGCUGCUUCAUCCAACAACCGAUUCGAUUACUAGUUUCUAUUUUGAAUUGGUUGAACUGCGCUGAUGGAGGGCUAGGGAAGAUCUCGCCGUUCUUGGAGCUGCCGUUGCUUUUCUUUCCGUUCGUGAAGGAACCAUUCCACUUUCAGACAGAUCUUGUUGCCGGAGAUGAUUUUGAUGCGAAGCGGUAUGCGUUCAGUUGUGGUGUUGCAGCACAUCGCUUCUUGUUGUCAUUGCGGACGAGAAGGACAAAAAAAUCUGAAAAGAAAAGAACGCAGAAUAGGCGAUUAUCGACUGGCAGCAUCAAAUGCUAUCCUAUCGGAGGAAGGCGACUGCAGCCAAAGCUUUCGGACUCUCUGUGGGCUAUCUCUCAACCCCGAGGGAGCUAUUUGACGAGGUUGACAGGGAUGCUCUUCAGAAAGAUCCUUCGACAUGUUUCUGACGCGGUAACUGUCGAUUUGUUGUCCUUCCGUCGAAUCAGCGGAGUCAUUCGUGCAGCUGAGGAAGACGGCACUUGUAUCAUCUUGGCGCCAACUCAUCGUUCCUUUUUUGACUUCUUACUGCUGAGUUAUCUUUUCUUUUCGAUACCAGAGCUGCGACUGGAUAUUCCAUUCAUUAUUGCUGCAUCAGAGUUUGAACAGCUGCCCCUUAUUGGUAUUCUUGCUUACUACUUGAGGGCUGUCUUUAUUCAGCGCGGAAACGGAAGCCCAGAAGAUGGUCUUUCGACUAAACUGGCUACUCUGAAGAAGCAGAACUCAUCGGUACCAGGCAGUUGCAUUGAGAUAUUUCUUGAAGGCAAGCGAAGCCGAGAUCGCCGUUUCAUCCAAGGGAAAACAGGUGUUUUGAAGAGUCUCGCCGAGUCUGGCAACAGCCACACUAUCAUUCCGAUCACAGUGAACUACGAGGCGAUUCCUGAGCAAAACCGGCUAUCGGAUGAGGCAGUAGGUUCUCCUCGCCAACCGUUGAGUCUUUCUGGGUUAUUUCUUUGGCUUCAGGAUGUGUUGAAGGGAAAUGUGUCUGUUGGAAAAGUUCAUAUUGCUGCAGGAAUCCCGAUUCCUAUGAAAUGCCAACAACCAGCAGACUAUAGAACACUUGUGACGCAAGUACAACUCGCACAGCAAUCACAAAUUCAUAUUUCCGACUACCAUGUGAGUGCAACUGCAAGCAUUUGUAUGGUUGACAAGUCGAAAGCCCGCGAGGCGUUGGAACAACUUGGUUGCACUUUCUGGCCCGUAGUAGACGAUGAACGCUUCCAAUGCAACACCCCACACCUACCCAGUGACGAAUCGACUCUAUGUUCUGUUGUUUUGCAAUGCAGCCACCUCUUGGCUCCUCUUUUCAUUGAUGAGCACAAAAUGUGGGCUGUGUGGCUAAAUUAUAUCGUAUCAGAAAACGAUAGACCGAGCCAGAUGUCACAAAAGGUUCGACCGGUUUAUGACAUCUUUCGGAAAUACUUUAUUGCGAGUGAUAAACUUGUCGAUAAAACGAUUCUAGAGAUAGAUCGGCGUGGAUAUCAACACCCCAACGAAAAUUACAUCUUGCAGAUCGCAACAUCAUUGAACGAUGAAAAGUUACCUCUACUGUUUGUUUGGGCGUCGAUAUCCAUGAGGCAGAUAGCUUUCACCCGAGGCGAACGUAAGACUUCCCCGCUCCCCGAGUCAUUGCAAUCUUACUGCUUGAGUGACAGUAUGGAAAAUCUGGGCUUUUGGGGCUUCCACGACAGCGGCUUUGUGUUGAAAAGUGACGGGGAUAGACAAAGCUACGUUUCUAUGAAAGGAAAGAGGUAUGGUCUCUGUGGAAAGCAAUUGCCAAAUAUAUUGCCUUUUAUGGAAUCAGAAAUGCGGAUACGGAUGGCAACUCUCAACGAAUUUAGUUCAAAUUCUAUCGUUUGGCAAACGCCGUAUGACAGCAAAUUCACCGUGGCGCAAAAGCAGAACCUUGCUGAGGAAUUCAGCUACAUUUCUUUUGCGACGAUAGAACGGGUUCGACAUGGAUCAGGUCAUUCACAAGAAGAUAUCUACUUGAUCCGAACGGGAGGGUCGUUUCGAAUUCCUGAUGCGGUGAUUUGGCCCCAAAGCGAAAUCGAUGUUGACAGGCUCGUUGCAAUCUCAAGACGUCUGGGAUACUGCCUCAUUCCGUUUGGUGGAGGAACAAACGUUUCUAGUGCUACGAGGUGCCCGACAACCGAUGUUGAGUCACGGCCAAUAAUUUCAGUGGACAUGAAGAAAAUGCAGAAGAUCCUUUGGGUGAACGAAGAGGAUGGUAUUGCGAAUGUGGAGGCUGGAAUCACAGGGAGGGAGCUUGGAGAAGAACUUAGUCGCAGAGGAUGGACGAUGGGUCACGAACCAGACAGCUUCGAGUUCAGUACGUUGGGCGGUUGGAUUGCGACGAAGGCCAGUGGAAUGAAAAGGAAUCGCUAUGGCAACAUUGAGGAUAUCGUCAAAUCUGUUCGCGUCGUUGGAAUCAACGGUAAGCUGUGGAAUGGAGAUGAAUCUGGUAAGACUGCACAUGGCCGGGUAGCCGAAGGCUUCGACCUUUGUUCGCUCAUGAUUGGCUCCGAAGGAUGCCUGGGAAUCAUCGUCAGUGCAGUGAUCAGAAUAUGGCCGCUCCCAGAAGUCCGCGAACAUGACAGUGUCAUCCUAAGAAACUUUGAAGAAGGUCUACAUUUCAUGCGUGCUGUUGAAAGACUCGGAGCUCACAAGCCUGUAAGUGUCCGACUCCUGGAUAACGCUCAUUUCAGAUUAGGACAGGCACUACGACCAGCUGACGGAUCGAUAAAAGCCCGCCUGCAAAAAGUGAUUAUCCAGCUUGCAUCAUCGAUGCACAAAGGAUAUGAUUUUUCCUCGGUUGUCUGCGCAACUAUUAGCUAUGAAGGUACUGCCUCCGAAGUGAAUCUUCAAAAGAAAAUGAUGCGAGAAGUAUCAGCAGCUCACGAUGGGAUGACGUUGGGAUCCGAGAUUGGAAAGGCUGGUUACGAUCUCACUUUUAUGAUAGCAUAUUUACGAGACUUUGCGAUGACCUAUCAUUUGCUGGCUGAAUCGUUUGAAACUUUCGUUCCAUGGUCAAGGGUUGGCACAUUAAUUCGUGAAACAAAGAAUCGGAUUCUACAAGAACAUCAAUUACGUCUUUUACCAGGCUUGCCAUUUGUUGGCAGUCGUGUGACGCAGCUGUAUCACGAGGGUGUAUGUGUGUACUUUUACCUUUGUUUCAGUUUUGAAGGUGUAAACAAUGCGAGUGAGGUGUUUUCUGAGUUGGAGAAGGCGGCACGAGACGAAAUCCUCAAGCAUGGCGGGUCACUGAGUCACCACCAUGGUAUCGGAAAGCUUCGGGCAGAACAUCUUAAGGAAGUCACUGCACCAACCCUAUCAGCUACAAUCGGCGCGAUAAAGAAAGCGAUCGACAGUGAUAACAUUUUUGGCGCAAGGAACGGACCAUUCGCAUAUGCUUAG